AUGGAAUCCCUUGCCUUUCUCGCCGUGUGCAUGGGGCAAGGUAGCCAGGCAGACGAAGAGAUACCGUCAUCGUCCAUUACGGCUUCGCAAGUGUCUUUUUCUCUGCAAGACAUUGUGGCUAUUCCUCAAGAUCCUCACUCGAUAUUUGCCGAGCAUCAUGACGAGGAUAUACAAUGGGUAACCACGAGACCCGAGUUUCUGAAUGGUACCAUGGUGGUUCCACUGUUAUUAUUGGCAUUUCUGGUGGUCAGUGCCGUUCUGCUCACAAUAUUGUUUGCAGACGACGAUGAGGAGAAUGGAAUGAAAGAUUCGCUGCUACCCAAGCAUCACACCAGUAGUAGUAGUGGAUCAUCAAGGCGUCAGGACGUGUCCAUCCGUAUACCCAUACCAAGACGGAGAUUUGUCGUCCUGGAGACCAUACAAGAGUAUGAACCGUGA